AGCACGGGUGAGAAACGGGCUGCUGUCUACGGCAACCGGUGCUGGCUCCUUUCUUUCCGUCUUUCGCACAACUCACAGCAAUCUACGUUGCAUUUUACCGUCGUUGGGAGUUCAUUCGGUGCGCGCAGGCCUCCUGAAGAACACCCUAAGGCGCGCAAAGAGAGGAAGAGCGACACGCAAGGAUUGCUCAUCAUGGAUGAUGCACAGCAAAAACAGAAGGGCACUUUUGAGAUAAGGUCGUCAGCCGAUUGCCCUCCCGAAGGUCACAAGGCUACCAGCGGGCCCAGUGCGCAAGACGCACCCCUGCGUCGACUGCAGAGAGAGAACCACAUUCUUCGCGUUCAACUGCUAAAACUGCGCGAGCAGCAACGCAGUCUUCUCCGCCAAGUCGCGACUGUCGGUUUGUUCUGCAGCAGCGACGACACGCAGCCAUCGACGGCUGAGAACGCCGAGGCACCGCAGCACGCCUCGACCGCCGCGAUCGCAGAUGCUGAUAUAGAGGGGCCGGCUUCCCGUUCUGGCGGUUUCAACAGUGAUGAUGAGGCCACUGCCGUUCGGGCACGCACGCUGCAGCGGCAGGAGGAGCGGAAGCAGCGCGCUACCUCCGCACGAGCACUGCUGCCGAGUAUGGACCAGCUGCUCAACGACGUCACCGACGCACAACUGCAGCAACAACGAGUACAAGGUAGCGUAGCGGCCUCACGGGAAGAAGAAAUGCCCCUGAGUGCCCCCGUCGCCCUGGCAAAGCCACUCCCCGCAGCACCAUUCAGCGUUCUGAAGGUGUCCGCUGCGAAGGUGACGAAUACCCCAUCUGCGGUGCCCCCCGUCCCUUUUGGAGACGACAAGUCCACCGUUGAAGACGACUCGUCUGCGCAAGCAAUGUUGCAGCGCUUUCAAGAUCGCAAAGCGCAGCGGCGGCUCCGACUUAAACAGACGCUUGGUCGCAGCUACGAAAGCGGCGCCGCAGAGGAUUCCGUAUCAGACACAACGCCUUUUGGUAGCGUUCCCCGACAUGCAACCGGUGUUCAUGAGGACGGACUGCCAUCGAACACAAACAACAGUAGCCGCAGCAGCAGCGUCAUUGCGAACAAUGGGGGUCUUGAGAGCGAAGCGCUGCCGGGGGAUACAGCCAACACAGGGGGGGCUGGGGCAGCCAUCAGUCAUCGUGCGGUGCGCGCGGGGGAAUUGGCCGGGAGCACCAGUUCUCCCUCGGCUGGUCCGACCCAGAAUCCUAACCAAAUCGGGCGCGUCGUAAGUGAUGCGGUGAGGAAUAACAGCUGGUAUCUCUGUAAAGUUCUGGAGGCUGCCCUACUCGACACCAUUCAGUCACGACACGUAAGUGAUGAUAGCGCCACCCACGCGCAGACACCUUCCUGUUUCUCCCCGGUGACGCCGUCCGCUUCCCUGUCGAGGCCAAGCUCGGCGCAAGACAGAAGAGAGGAGGAGCGAGGGAGCAGCGGGACGCCGACGCCGCAGACAUUGCGCAGCCCUCAGCUCGCCGGCGUGACGCCCACAUCGGCUGUGGCGCCACAGUUCCUCUACCAGGAAGGCGUCAGCGACACGGCGCUGCGGCGGGCCAUCGAGGAGUCACUGGUGCUCUCCUAUCGGUGCAUGCACGACGCACCGCAGCGCCUCACCUCCCAUCAGGCAGCCGAGGAAACUGUGCCGCCCUUCAAUUCAGAGAACAAGGAUAGCGAACUGCGGCGGUGCUUCGCCGGUCACGCCAGCCGAGGCUCGAUCGAGCGCGGCGGUGGCUCCGAAGCCUACGGCGUCGCCGAGAACGGCGGCGACGACGACAGCGACUGCAGUGAUCCCUCCGCCAUCGGCACAGACGACGAAACCCUCGACCCUUUUGCACGCCUGCUGCUUGCUCGCAUCUCCGCGGAGUUGCCCCCCAGCAGUGCAAAAAGAGAGAAGAAGCGUAAUGAUAAUAAGGGCAGCAGCAAGCAGCGUGACGAUUUUCUGCAAGGACCACCCUACAGCUCCGCAGAGUCUGGGCAAUCUUUUGGCGCGACGGCGCGCAAAGGGGCACCGCCGUCAAGCCCGUCGUCCUCGAAGCCAAGUAGAGCCUUUGUGAUGGCGGCCGCGGGCGGGGAUGGAAAGGUGCACAUCCCGAAAAAGCACUUCAGUCGUCUCGACGAGGUGCAGGUGGAGAUGCACGCGCCAGUCAUAUUCAAUCAAAUACGCGACUUUCUCCGCCUCGACGUCGACCGCUUUCGCCGUGCCUUCUUAUACACCGGCCUGCGUGGCGAAACGAUCAUUGACGGCGUAAACAACAGUUCUACCGCAGACGAGCCACGACAUUGUCUCACAUCGCAGCAGCAGCAGCGACGCGUGCGUGCCGGCGCUGCAGCCGGAGCGGAGGAGGCGACGGCGUGGCGUAUCAGCGUUUCACCAGGCAAAAGUGGCACCACUCUGCUCUACUUUGGCGACUACGUGAUGAAGACGGUUCGCCCGAAUGAAAUGGAAUUCUUCACGCGCAAAUUUCUCCCUGCCUACGUGCGCUACUGUGAGCGCAACCCGCAUACGCUGCUUCCGCGCUUCUACGCGUCAAUCACGGUCCGGUGGUGGAAAGCCGGCGUGGUCCAGCAUUUCGUGUUGAUGCACAACGUCUUGGCAACUCCGUACUACAUCCAUCGCAUUUACGACGUGAAGGGAAGUACAGUGAACCGAACAGCAUUGCAGCCGGGAAAGCCACCACCGCGCACCGCCUUCGGUGCUCUUCUGCUGAAAGAUAACGAUCUCCCGCCUCAGCUGAUUAUCUGCGGCGCCUACCAGCGAGCCAUUCUGCUAGCGCAGUUCCGCUCAGACGUGGGCUUUCUGCGUCAACUGAGUGUCGUGGACUACAGCUGCAUGAUUGGCGUGCGCAGUCGGCUUUUUUCAAGGGAGGACGGUCCGUCCAAGACGAUCGUUUUGCAGCGUCACCAGCACCACGACAACGAUGAGCCGUACGUCGAUCCUCUCGGCGGCGGUGAUGUUCCGCGGCCGCUGGGGAACCACCGGCACACGAACAGCGAGAUCACCAACGUGACCAGCGCAGCUGCAGAUGCCGGGGCACAGACUGUCAGCGUCGCCGGCGCCGGCCAGCUCGCGCCGUUAUCGGAUGGUCGACCGGCGUCAGAAGACGACGUCUACGUCUGCAUCCACGGCUGCGACGGCGGACUCCUGUCGCUGCCUAUCUAUGCCCCCGGUGACGAUACCACGGCCCGUGAGGACGUGUAUUAUCUCGGCAUCAUCGACGUGCUCCAAACCUACAACUCCGCCAAGAAGCUUGAAAGCUUCGCAAAAGGCUUUGUAAACGAUCGACGAGCCAUCAGCGUGAUACCGCCAGAGGGCUACUCCGAGCGCCUUUACAAGGUGCUAGAACGUAUUACGGUGUAA